AUGGAUCCAAAUAAACUUUAUAAAGGAAUUACAGAUUGUUUUAAAAGGCUUUACCAUGAGCAAGAAUUUUUAUCAUUUUGAGUGGAAAUCUUGCAAAUGUUCUGAGGUAUUUCCCUUAAUUUUGCAAUUAAAGACUUUUUAAUAAACACUUUAAAAAAUAUGGCAAAAAAGAAAAAUUUUGGAAGUUUAUCAUCGCUAAUAUACAGUCUGGAGGGUUUGCUGGGACUGCUUCAUUAUUUAUAG